UUAUUUUGAUCCGGAGUGAGUACUAUUUUUCCUUUUCUAGCUGAUUCAAUUAAAAUAUAUGUGAAAAUUUUCACUUUUAACAUUUUUCUAAAUUGAGCGAUUUUUUUAGUAGUGAGAGUACCGGCACUCCUUUUCCCUUCUUCUCCGGCAAGUUCCCUGAUUUAUACUCCGUCGUCAACGACAAUGCAUCACGCGCCUCCAUGAGCGCGUGACUCAUAGGUGGUGAUAAUGGAGACACAACACUAUCUAUUAAUUCAGUUCCUGAUUUUUGUAUUGAUACUUGAAGAUUUGUAGCUUGAGAUGUUCGUAAUGUUGACGUGGCAACACCUCCAGUUUCCGAUGAUAAUGCUCCGAUAUGUCGUUCCCAGGCCCAUUUGAAUGGCCAAAGGGAACGAUCCAAGACUCUCUGGUGAAAGCAAGGAUUUGCAGGAGGCUUCUUUUCAACUCAACACUAGCCAUUUUAAGUUAUUGAGGGUGGCUGGCUCCAAUGAAGACUGUGUAUAUCAGUGGAACAUUACCAAAUCCAGAGAUAACAAAAAAGUUCAAUCUUUCCAGAUGCCGACAGAUGAUGAAGAAGAAGAAGAAGAAGAAAUCACUUCAUACUUGCAAAGGGAAGAGCGUUGUGGAGAUGGAUAUUAUUGCUUCUUCAAAUGGAAUUCCAAUUCAUUUUCAACGGGACAUAAUGAUGGAGAUCCUCAGCCGGUUGCCCGUGCCUUCUCUUUUCCGAUUCAAAUGUGUUUCAAAAUCUUGGGAUAAUAUAACCUCCGACCCUUACUUUAAGAUGAAGCAUCAAAGUCGUCAUGCGUUACAUAAUUCCCUUAAAUUUCUUUUUGUCCAUCACGACUUCAAUAAGACACUUAGUUUAAACUUUUAUUCUUCUUCUUCUUUAUCAUCCUUUGAGGAUGUACAAAAAGUUGAUAUCCCUUCAAACAUUGCACCAUUUCGUUGCAUAAUGUUUGCUUCUUGUGAUGGGUUGGUUCUUAUUGGAUUUGCAAAUAAAUUUCUUGAUCAGCUUAUGCUGUGGAACCCCUCCACAAGAGAAUCAAUACAACUUCCCCUUCCAGAAUUUAGAAUUUUGGAUUCUAUUUUUGGAUUGGCAUACGAUGAAGCUUGUGAUGACUAUAAGAUACUUAAAGUUCACCGGUUCAAAGAGCGACACCCUGAGAAACCAGCCAGUGAAAUUCUCGCGCUAAAAAGUGGUUCUUGGAAAAAAGUCUGUACCCGUUCAAGAAUCAUUUGCCCUUGGACAGAUAGCCUUGGUCGUAUGGAUCCUUUGGUAUUUGUUCAUGGAGCAUUUCAUUGGGUUGUUAGAUGGCCAUGUCCUUUUGUGGUUUCAUUAAGUAUUUCGACUGAGGUAUAUGGAAAGAUACCGUUGCUACGGAUAAUGUGCGAGUGCGAUUUUAUUUCCCACUCUUCCAGGGAAUAUGUAACUUCCCACUCUUCCAGGGAAUAUGGCGUUACAGUAUUGGAAGGAAUGUUUUGCUUUUCUUCCACUUGUAAAUUUCAUGAGGAGGGUACUUUUAAGUUAUGGGCAAUGAAAAAAUAUGGUGUCAAGGAAUCUUGGACUGAAUUAUUUAACAUAAAUGUUCCUGGUCUUUAUGUAGCCAAACCUAGAUAUAGGUUUGCAGAUGGUGAUGUACUACUUCGCUGCCGCAUAAAUGGAUGUGAGACAUUAAGGACAUCCAAAGGACCAUUUAGAUUAUGGUCCAAGUCACUCUCAACACCAGGUGACAGGGUUGAAGUAAUUAGUUUCAAGGAGAGCUUGAUCUCUCUAAAAUUACUUACUACUAUAUAAUAUUUGGCUAUGUAUGAUUGAGACCUUUUUUCCCCCCUUCUGUUGAUCAUGUAACAAACUAUUGGUCUUAUAAAGUUUAUUUAUCUAUUGCUUGCCAAUGUUUGGUUCCAAAA